UGUUGGGGGGGAGAGCAGCCUGUGUUGGAGUUUCUACAUGAGCAGAUCUGUGGGGGCUGCAGACUAGAGCUGGUUAGGAGCUCCUGUUCCUGCUCAUUAGACUUCCACAGAAAAGCAGAUUAAAGAUUUGUGAAUUAGCAGCUGAGGCUGCUUUAGGCAGAUUAAAUAGAGAGGAGAGAGAGAAAAAAAAAGAAGAAGAAGUUGAAGCAGGCGGAGAGAGAGAGAGGUGUGCUGGGGAGAGAAGAAAGGGACUUAAAAUAAGAAUAGGGAGGAAAAAGGAAAGAAGGAUAAUACAUAGAGAGAGUAGGAGGGAGAAGGGUAGAGGGGAACCACUCUAGAAAUGGAAUGUUGCAGAUAAUAGGAAGGAUGAAGGUGAAGAUAUAGAGAGCAGCAAGAGACAGGCUGAAGAGUCUUGGCUGAGGUGUCCCAUCUGCUAGACCACAGCUGACUGUGCAGGUAGGGUAGACAACUGGAAUUAGUAUCUCAAGUUCAUCAUAAGGAUCUUGUAUGGAGAGUAUGAGAUAUUCAGAAAAUGGGCAGUGAUCGGUGGAAAAAUAUUGGAGGUUCCCCACAGAUGGAGGACACAGUGCAAGAAAAGUCACAGAGGACAAGCUGUGGUUACAUCCUAUGUACCGUGCUGUUGUCGGUCGCUGUCCUUCUGGCAGUCACCGUUACCGGAGCCGUUUUGUUCAUGAACCAUUACCACGCUCCUUCCACCGAGCCUCCACCAGUCAUCACCACGAACAUGGAAGACCCCAAUGCACUGGUCACCAUUGAAAGGGCCGACAGCUCUCACAUCAGUAUAUUUAUUGACCCCAAUUGCCCUGAUCCAUUUCCUCGACUGGAGGGGCUACAGUCCUCCCUGCUGUCUGCGCUGACUGACCAUGACUCAGAGCUGAAGGUGGCUGUAGGGAAGGAGAGGGCUCUGCUGGCGGGCUUGGCAGACCAAGUGGCACAGAUGGUAUCACAGAUGUCCCGGCAGCGAGUGGACUGGGAGAGCCUAAGGAAAGGGCAAAAUGGACUGGUAUCGGAGUUGGUGGCACUGCAGAGCGAACAAGGGAGACUUAUACAGCUUCUUUCGGAGGGUCAAAGCCACGUAGCACAGCUGGUCAGUUCAGUGAGCGAAGUGCUGGACACGGUGCAAAGAGAACAUGGCCGAUCCCGUGGCAAGGGAGAUCUAGUACGGGCACCGGCUAGAAACGCCAGGCCCCGUGGAUGCACCAAUGGCUCCAAACCCCGGGAUUGUUACGAUAUCUUCAUGAGCGGACACCAGGAAGAUGGUGUCUAUUCCGUAUUCCCCAUUCACUACCCCUCAGGGUUUCAAGUCUUUUGUGACAUGACCACAGACGGAGGCGGAUGGACGGUGUUCCAGAGAAGAGAAGACGGCUCUGUGAACUUCUUCCGUGGAUGGGAACAGUACAGAGAUGGGUUUGGAAAGCUGACAGAGGAGCAUUGGCUGGGCCUCCAGCGGAUAUACUUACUGACUAUGCAGACACAUUAUCAGCUUCGCAUUGACCUAGCAGACUUUGACAACUCCACCGCUUACGCACAGUACAACACAUUCGGCGUGGGCCUGUCCUCUGUGAACCCAGAAGAAGAUGGCUAUCCGCUCACGGUCUCUGACUACUCAGGAACGGCAGGAGAUUCCUUGGGUAAGCACAGCAGCAUGAAGUUCACCACCAAAGACAUGGACAAUGACCACUCGGAGAACAACUGUGCGAGCUUCUAUCAUGGAGCCUGGUGGUACCGCAACUGUCACACAUCCAACUUAAACGGGCAAUACCUGCGUGGGCACCAUCCUUCCUAUGCGGAUGGCAUAGAGUGGUCCUCAUGGACAGGCUGGCAGUAUUCCCUCAAGUUCACAGAAAUGAAGAUUCGCCCCCAGCGGGAAGACAAGUGAUCUUCUUGCUUUUUAUUUAUGGGACAUUUGGGGGUCUUUUUUUGUUUUGUUUUUUAAGGGGAAUUGCGAUUUUCCACUGGACAAUAUUGGAGGAGAACACUGAGGCAGAUGGUACUCUUCAAUACUGGUUAUUGCCAUUGCAAGAAACACACAGCGAGUUAUUGUUCUGUGUUAGUGAUAUGGCUAUGGUUUUGUUUCUGGUGUAAAACAAACACAGAUGAAGAAUGGGAGAAGGAGACAAUGGGAUUCCCAUAUGGAGGAUGCUUUGGCACAAAGCUUCAAUGCUGUUACUCCACCAUCCUCUCCUGUGUCUCGCAGCCUGCCCUGUUUAAACUGGGUUUUAGCUGAUGUUAAUGGAUUGAAGAGUGUGAUCCUGACCUGCUGGACCAACAGUGAGCGGAAACUGGUGUCUACAAAUUUUUAUGUGCACAAACUAGAUUUCUCGGUGUCCUUGGUGCAAAGUGUUAAAUAUUGUUAGUGGUACAGAUUACUACCCUGAAUUACCAGCAAUACCUGACUCCCUGCGGUGUGAUUGGCAUCUCCUCUCACAGUUGAAUUAAGAUGUCACAGAGUCUUUGACUAAUGUCUCCUCUUGAUGUUACUGUUGACAUUGGUGGUCCCUUCUGCUAUACUGGUCAUAGUUCCUAAUCCUUAGUCAUUUUUUUUUUCUUUUGGGUGAUUAAUUAUGCUGUUACCUAACCCAUAUUUUCACCUCCUGCAGUACUCAUCAUCGCCAGACUAAGUUAUAUGUGACCAAGGUAACCACAUGAGUACGGGGGAGGAUAACAAAGGAAUUGUAAUUCUUUCACAGUAGGCAGCAAGAUGCACAGGGUGAGGUGCCAAAAUAAAGGACUUUGUGGGUACGCACAGACUUCAAAAAUCAUUGAUUUAUAAGUUUUGUAGGUUUCCAAAUGUGCAAGCUUUUCAUUUUAUUGGAAACACCUGGAACAUUAUUUGUUGCACUUUACUUGGGAUGAGAGCAUCUGUUUCACAAUGAGGAUGGUGGCCAAGAAGCUUGGAGACCGUGACACCCACCUCAGAAGGGCAUCUGGUGGAAUUCUAAGUUAAACAUUGCAUCUUCGUGCAAAUUGAGGUGGAACCCUUGUGACUAGCAUUCAUCAACAGUCCAAGACUAGUCAUUAUUAAUGUGGAUUUCAGAAUUGCCGGAAACCCUACCGCUAUGGCUAUGAACAGACCCCACAGUACAGAGACCUUUCCACCAUAAGAGAGUUUUCCGUUUCCGUUUGUUUUCCUCCUCCUCUGCCUCACAUUUGCAAGUGUUUCGGGUUAUGGUAUGUCACAUGGACAGCUGUUUACUGCGGUAGUUUAUGAUCAGCACAGUCUCAAUUACCAAAGACAAGCGACCAUUUGUAACUCUGCUCAGAUAAGCAUCCUCUGUGUUCCUUUUCACUGUUGUGAUGCACGUUUCCAGAUAAUUAGUCUGUCAUUUAAAAAAUGAAGAGGAACAAAGACCUCUUGGUGGCAGAACUAUGGGGAGGAAGUGCUGGACUCCCUGUCAGAAACAUUUAUGUGCUCCUUUGGGAGAAAGCUGUUAUUUUACAGGACAUCAAUAAACCCCCCAGGGGUUUGCCCACCUCUUGCCCCGCGCAGCCAGGCACUUGGUAAUGAGUAUGAUUCGUGCUGCCUACUUGUGAAAUCAUUAGCUUAUUUCAAGCAGUAUGUCUUAACUUUACCUGUGCUGUGGCAGCCGUUAUUGUAAACAAGUGUUUUGUAAAUUAAAGGAAUCCAGGCGGAUGUAACCUGGAAGUUAAUGGACCAUGAGAAA